ACUAACAUUAAAUUUAGUCGCCAUCUUUACUGCAAUCAUUCAGUCGCCUCUAGAAUUGCGGGCGUUUCAUCGCCGAUUUUCAAUGUUUUGCUCAAAAUUAACUCUAUUGUUUCUUUCAAAAUAUCUAUAAUAAGUUUGUGAAGUGUUGCGUAAUAGUAUAGUGUUAAAAUGAGUUUUUUCGGAUUUGGACAGACAGCGGAUAUCGAAAUCGUGUUCGAUGAUGCUGACAAACGCAAAGUUGCGGAGGUAAAGACAGAUGAUGGUAAAAAAGAGAAAUUACUAUUAUAUUACGAUGGUGAAACUGUAUCUGGCCGUGUAAAUGUAACAUUGAGAAAACCAGGCUCGAAACUAGAGCAUCAAGGAAUUAAAGUAGAACUCAUUGGUCAGAUAGAACUAUUUUAUGACAGAGGUAAUCAUCAUGAAUUUAUUUCUUUGGUAAAGGAGCUCGCCCGGCCUGGCGACUUAUUACAGCAUACAUUGUAUCCAUUUGAGUUUGCAAAUGUUGAAAAACCAUAUGAAGUUUAUACUGGUGCUAAUGUAAGAUUACGAUAUUUCCUGCGGGCUACGAUUGUUCGACGUUUAACAGAUAUUGUUAAAGAGGUUGAUAUCGCUGUGCACACGCUAUGUAGCUAUCCGGACGUGUUAAAUUCCAUUAAAAUGGAAGUGGGCAUUGAGGACUGUCUACACAUUGAGUUUGAAUAUAAUAAAUCAAAAUAUCAUUUAAAAGAUGUUAUUGUUGGUAAAAUAUACUUCCUUCUUGUCAGAAUAAAAAUAAAACACAUGGAAAUAUCAAUUAUCAAACGAGAAACCACUGGUUCAGGUCCUCACACAUUUACAGAAAAUGAAACUGUUGCAAAGUAUGAAAUUAUGGAUGGGGCACCAGUUCGAGGUGAGAGUAUUCCGAUACGUGUUUUCUUAGCUGGCUAUGAUUUAACUCCUACCAUGAGGGACAUUAACAACAAGUUUUCUGUAAGGUAUUAUCUUAAUCUUGUGUUGAUGGAUACUGAAGAUCGUCGUUACUUCAAGCAGCAAGAAGUAACCUUAUGGAGGAAAAGUGAUAAAUCACGUUUACCACUUCAUAAUCCACAUCAUCCACAAAACCUUGCUACUCCAACACCUCAAAGACAGCUUAGUGCCUCUAGUGAGGAGAAUUCGAUCAGAACAGCAUCGCCAAAUGUACCAGAAAACUUGCAAAGGUCAGUCUCCCCACCUUUGCAUGCAGAGAAGCAAAAUGGCCCUGCACAAAUGGAACAAGAAGAACCUGAUGACUUACCUGAGAAAAUGUCCAACACACAUAUUGAAGUAACAAUGGAUGUUACGGAAAAUACUGAUAGCCCUCCAACAACACUACCAGAAAAUAACAUAGAUAAGUCACCAGUUUCUGAAAAUUGUGUAAAAAUAGCAGAAGUAGAGAAACCACAGAUAAGUGAAAAACCCCAAGUCAAAAAAGUAAAGCCACAAGCUGAAAAGGUAAUGGUUGCCGAAAAACCCCUUCUCGCUGAAAAGCCACAACUUGCUGAAAAGCCAAGGCUAGUGGAAAGUGAAGCCAGCCCAAGUCAAUAGCCAUUUACUUGUGCGGUGAUACGCACCAAUUCUAUGGACUACAUGUUUUAUUUGAAAACAAUUGUUUAAAAUAUGUAUACCCAUUAGAUUGUUAAUGUCAUUUUUUAUGUUUUAUCAAGUAGUCUUAUAAAUAAUGUAAGUGUAAUAACAAAAUUGUGAUAAGGUUUGAAAAAUGCACUUUUCUUUGGUGUCUUCAAGAUGCAAUGCUAUUGAACAUAAAGUACAUAUUUAUUUGAGUAGGAUAGAUAAAUGAUAUAUCAAUGUAUGCCUAUAAUUUGUUUAUCUCAAUUUUUGUUAAUUAAAGUGCAGUGCACAGUAUACUAUAGCUUCUAAUUCUUUUUGCAAGAAAAUUUGUAUAUUUUUACACAGAUUAGUGUAUUUGAGAGAAGCAAUAUUUAAAUAUUGGUAGCCUUAUUUGUAUAUUAGAGAGAUCAUGUCAGAAGUUGAGAAGUAUGUGUUAUGCAAUAGGUACAUUAAUAAUAUUUAGCUAAUUUCAUUCAGAUAAUUGAUCAUAAUUGAACACCUAUACACUUUUAUUGCUAGUAUCAGAUUGUUAUAUAGCUUUUCCAUUAUAUUCAUAGUACAUACUCUGUUAAUGGACUAUUUUCUUCAUCAAAUUCAACUUACUAAUGACUGCUAUCAUAUGAAAUUAAUUAGUCAUUUUAAAUUAUGUACCUAAUGGAUAUCUGAGAAUAAUAAUGUUAUAUUGAAAUUAAUUUAUACAUAUAUAAAACUCAUGGCAACUAUAACAAUUAUUAUGAAGGUCACAUGGAAAUGUUUUUUUUAUUAUGAAAACUGAAUUUGUAUAUAUGUGCAGAAUUAUUUUAAAAUUAUUGCUGUGAAUUUAUGGGCUUGCAAAAAUUGUGAAACUAAAUAUUGACUUCAUUAUAAAUACAUUCAUCAUGGCAUGUCUUAUUUUUACAAUAAUUAUUUAUAGAAUUGUUAUUUUCGAUUAAACAUUGUCAGCGUUAUGAAGUCUCGUUUCAUGUAUUUCGUUAUUACGUCAUUCACGACCGCUUUGUGACUAUCUGAAUGAUAACACCUAUUAUGAGAUUAGUAAAUAAUGAUCUGUAUAUAAAUAUUUCGGUUCAAUAAAAUAUUAUGAAAUAUAA